GUGUCGGUUCGCUAUGGCCCGUACAAAGCAGACUGCCCGCAAGUCGACCGGUGGCAAGGCCCCGCGAAAGCAGCUGGCCACCAAGGCGGCCCGCAAGAGCGCGCCGGCCACCGGCGGCGUCAAGAAGCCGCACCGCUACCGGCCGGGCACCGUGGCCCUGCGGGAGAUCCGGCGCUACCAGAAGUCGACCGAGCUGCUGAUCCGCAAGCUGCCCUUCCAGCGGCUGGUGCGCGAGAUCGCGCAGGACUUUAAGACCGAUCUGCGCUUCCAGAGCUCGGCCGUGAUGGCGCUGCAGGAGGCGAGCGAGGCCUAUCUGGUGGGGCUGUUUGAAGACACGAACCUGUGCGCUAUCCACGCCAAGCGCGUGACCAUCAUGCCCAAAGACAUCCAGCUGGCCCGCCGCAUCCGCGGGGAGCGGAGCCACCCACAACUGCACUUGGAAGAAGCUGUGCCACUUGUCCGUGCUCUCCCGGCGGACCCUCGCAUGCCCCGGGAGGAGAGGCCGUUAGAGCGGGCAGAGCGUUGGGCUCCGACAGAUAGGCUAAAGAAAGGCCAGGUAUCCGGCCUGGUCCCCUGCUUACUGGCCGUCUUCCGGGGUGUCAGGAUCUUUGAGUUUGGUCAGUCGGCUUCUCUGGACUGGCGAGGUUGCCGCUGCGUUCUUGGGCGCGGACGGGGCGCCCAGUUUCGCUUCUUGGAGGCAGCCACGGGUCCUCCCGUAGGGUCGGGCUCUUCUAGGGCGUCUUCGUACUCGACCUUGGCCCAGAACUGUAAUCUGUUCCGGGAGUGGGGGGGGUACCCAAGCAGUGCCUGGAACACCAUAGAUGGUCAAGAAAUGCUUGAUGAGGGACCAAUUCUCCUGGUCUUCAACUCUUUGUCUUAUAUGAGGGAGCUGAGCAGAAGAUGCUCCCAGUUCUUGGAGUACUUGAAGUUACAGCUCAAGAGCUGGCCUGGACUGGAUAUCUGGGAAGAACUUCUGAAGUCCUUGGUGGUAGAAGAUCGCCUGAACCUGGAUGGGGAUAGAAGGAGGUGGUUAUGGCAAAAAGUAAUCAAAGGUGUCUUGAGGCCUUCCUGCCUGAGCGACUGGGAGGAUGAGGCCACCAUCACAGGAAUAGGCAGGCUGGGACGGGGAGCUGCUGAAGCGUUCAGGCCACACUGGGGACGAAGAAACAUCUUGACCAUUGAAUCCUCUUAUUUAUUUCUCACUUGGACAUCUUCACAAAUGUUCUUCUUGCCUCUCACCCCUUGAUCCUCCCCCUCACCUUUACUGUAUCUCUUAAUAGGAUACCAGGCAUUAAAAAUCAUGGCCCGUACGAAGCAGACUGCCCGCAAGUCGACCGGUGGCAAGGCCCCGCGAAAGCAGCUGGCCACCAAGGCGGCCCGCAAGAGCGCGCCGGCCACCGGCGGCGUCAAGAAGCCGCACCGCUACCGGCCGGGCACCGUGGCCCUGCGGGAGAUCCGGCGCUACCAGAAGUCGACCGAGCUGCUGAUCCGCAAGCUGCCCUUCCAGCGGCUGGUGCGCGAGAUCGCGCAGGACUUUAAGACCGAUCUGCGCUUCCAGAGCUCGGCCGUGAUGGCGCUGCAGGAGGCGAGCGAGGCCUAUCUGGUGGGGCUGUUUGAAGACACGAACCUGUGCGCUAUCCACGCCAAGCGCGUGACCAUCAUGCCCAAAGACAUCCAGCUGGCCCGCCGCAUCCGCGGGGAGCGGGCUUAAG